CUGAAAAUUGACAAUAAAAGGGCCAGGACACAUAAGUCAAGCUCAGAAAAGACGUCCUUUUCCUGUGAGGUGUGUGGGAAAGUAUUAGCCAGUAAGUGGACUUUUGAGAAACACUUGCAAAUCCAUACUGGAGAGCGUCCACAUCAGUGCGAUGAAUGCGAUAAGAGAUUCUCAUGUCAGAGUCACUUAGAUGCUCACAUGAGAACGCAUAUUGGUGAGCGACCCUAUAAAUGUAACAAGUGUGACCGGAGGUUCUUCAAUCACCAGCACCUCGAGCUCCAUCAGGUAGUCCACACUGGUGAAAAACCCUACUCAUGUCCAGUGUGUGGGAAAGGCUUCACCCGACAGUCCAGCGUGGUCAAGCACUCCGGCAUACACGCAGAAAAGAAGCCAUACGUGUGCAGUGAAUGCGGCAAGAGUUACUGCCAAUACGCCAGCCUGGUUGUCCACCAGCGGCUGCACUCAGGGGAGAAACCAUUUGUCUGCAAGUACUGUGACCAGGCCUUUCCAUGUAAAGACACCAUGUUGAAUCAUCAAGGGACUCACACUAGGUCGUUCCCCUGUGCCAAGUGUGAUAAGUGUUUCAUUACCAGAUCCAGGCUGUUGAAGCACAAGCAGAAAGUACAUGCCAAGGAGCCUAACCCAGCCUAA